AUGGCCCGCGACAAGAACGCGCCGUUGGCGGCUGACACCGCGUUCACCAGCUCCGUACAGUCCCCCUCGCUUGCGUCCCACCUGGCAGAUCCGGAGAAGUCCGUGCCGUCGUCCCAACAUGCUUCGAUUCAGGAGGAUGUUGGCGACCGGCCUACCAUCGAUAUGACGCACCGAAAGCUGAAGCCAAGGCAUAUCCAGCUGAUUGGAAUCGGAGGCUCAAUUGGAACAGCACUGUUCGUGCAGAUUGGAAAAGGCCUGCUAAGUGGUGGGCCUGGGAGUCUUUUUCUAGCGUUCACGUUGUGGUACGUUUUGCCCCCGGGAUGUUUCUUCUUCUUCCUCCGUGUGUGGUAA